AAUACAUAAAUCGAUCUCAUGGCGCAACAAAUUGAACGUAAUCAAGAAGCGACUAUUUAUAUCGGUAAUCUUGACGAUAGGUGUACCGAAUCGCUUGUCUGGGAACUCAUGCUUCAAGCUGGACCUGUUGUUAAUGUACAUUUACCCAAGGAUAGAGUGACACAAAGUCAUCAAAGUUAUGGUUUCGUUGAAUUUUUGACAGAGGAAGAUGCAGAUUAUGCCAUAAAGAUUAUGAACCAAGUACGACUUUAUGGUAAGCCUAUAAGAGUUAACAAGGCUACGUCAGAUAAAAAGAACUUGGAUGUUGGAGCCACGUUAUUUAUCGGAAAUUUGGAUCCGGAAGUGGAUGAAAAGAUGUUAUACGAUACAUUCAGUGCAUUUGGUUUGAUUGUUCAUACACCAAAGAUCAGUAGAGAUCCCGAGACAGGAGGAGUGAAAGGAUUUGGGUUUAUCAGUUUCGAUAAUUUUGAGUCAGCCGAUGCCGCCAUUGAUGCGAUGGAAGGACAAUACUUGAUGAAUAAACAGAUCUCUGUCUCGUAUGCUUUUAAGAAGGAUGGUAAAGGGGAGAAGCAUGGAUCUGCCGCCGAAAGAUUAUUGGCAGCUGAGGCAAGGAAAAAUGUACAGAUGCCAAAUCGUUUGUUUUCUGGUGGCCCAGCUAUGGCACCAGCACUUGGUGCAGGAACACAUCACAGCGUACCCACUUAUGCAGGUGUUAGACCUCCUCCUCCUCCUCCACCCAUGGGAGGUCCUGCCGGUUACCCAAAUAUGGUAUACCCACCUCAGCAGUAUGGUGCUCCCACUUGGCAAUAAUAAAUAAAUAAAUACGUGUUUGUGACUUGUGUUUGCAGUAAAAAAAAAAAAAUGCCGGUUUGCUCUCGUUCUCUCU